UCUUAAGAAUGUUUAGAUAAGUGUUUGGAAAUUCUAUUAGACAUAAUCCAACUCGUUUAAGAUACUUAAGAGAGUAUGUAUGUUUAAGAGAAGCUGCAAAUCCAUCUGUUUAAUAAGCUUAAAUUGCCCAAUUCCAAUAAGUAGCAAAUAAAUAUGGAUUGACAACCUCUCAAUUAACAAAACUCUCUGGUAUCUACCAAUUGAGUUUAUUGCUUAGACCUUAAAAUUUCCCAAACCCAAAUGAUUAUAAGGUUUACUAAUUUAUUUCUAUUUAUUUAGCUUCAUGUUGAAAAAUUAGAGUUAUUAUUCAGAUAAUAACAACCAAAUGGUGAAAACUUACAAUAAUUUGCCUAAAGUCUUUAAUAUAGAAUCCCAGAAAUUAGCAAACUUACAAAUGAAGCUAGAAAAUAAGCAGCUCAAGAUUUGUUUAGCAUUUAUUUAGAAGGAAUUCAUUAUGAUAAUUUAGUCUCACCGUAGAGAUUAUUUAAUAUUUUAGAGGCUAUGUUUAACAAUUAGAAUCAAUUUUCAGAGAAAGAACUAAUGCAGUUAUAAAUAAAAUAAGAACAGAAGUCAAAGAUCCAUAAUUGGCAGCUCAAUUAACAGAAUCACUUGAAUCAAUCUUCCAAAACUAUUAAUUUAAUCAAGGAAGGUAUUUUAGCAUUUAAUAAUUAGAUAUGUGGGUUUGAUCAAAUCAUUCAUAGAAUCAAACUAAGAAACUGAUAUUUAAAAGACAGAAAAGUUGGAUUAAUAAACAUAAGAAAAAUAAAUAUUUAUUCAAACUGUCGAUAGAGCUACAAAGCAAUUUUCAGCUGAAGAUCAAGAAUAUGCUAGAAAUGUUGAUGGACAUGAUUUCAAAUUAUUUUUAUAAGAAUUAUAUGAAAAGGAAUACCAAUCAGGAUUUGCUUAGAAUAGAUUUAAUGAAAAAGGAUAGAAAUUAGUCUUUGAAUCAUAGGCAUAAGAGCAUCAUGUUUUGAGAUAUCAAAUAUUGGCAGGCGUCUUUGCAGGUUAUUUCCUCUAUUUAUUCUACCGAGGUGAUGCAUACUAUUCAACGGUAUUGGCAGUACCUACUGUUGCUGCAGCAUUCUUUUAUUUAGCAAAGUAAGGAUAGGUAUAUUAUUUUAAAUAUGUAAAUUAUAGGCAAAGAGAGCAAUACCAUUCAUUAGAUAAGUUCUUAAAAACACUGAUAAUUCUUAUGAGGUUGUUUUUGAAUAAAAUCGUAUCAUCAGUAGAAUUGAGAAUGUGUAAGCUUCAUAAAUUAAGUAAAAUAGCAUAUUAUCAAAAGAUUAGCUUAAGAAACUGCUUUUUCAAAUAAUUUAGUAUUUGGAAAUCCUACUGAUUUUGGAUAUCAUAUUAAAGUUGCUGACAAUUCCUUUAUUGCUCCAUACUUAUAUAGUGGUAAUGGCUUAGAUUUCAGAUCAUUCAUUAAUAUUUGAUUCAAUAUAAUAAUAAAAAAUAAAACAAGAC